CCGGGCCCCGUUUCCAGCCGGAGCCUUUUCGCGGCGCGCGGGGAGGGGGCGCCGGGGCCGCCAUGUCGCGGCUGCACCAGAGCAGGAUCGCGGACUUCCAGGAGGUGCUCGGCGAACCCACGGUGGCCCUGGCCAAGCUCCGCGAGCUCUGCUUCAGUGGAAUCCCCUUCGAUGGUGGGCUGCGCUGCCUCUGCUGGAAGAUACUCCUGAACUACCUCCCUUUAGAGAAAGCCUUAUGGAGCUCUUUGCUGAAGAAACAGAGGGAUCUCUACUCCCAGUUCCUGAAGGAGAUGAUUAUCCAGCCUGGGAUUGCCAAAGCCAACCUGGGUGUUUCAAGGGAAGACGUGACCUUAGAAGAUCACCCCCUCAAUCCCAAUCCAGACAGUCGAUGGAACACCUACUUCAAGGAUAACGAGGUGCUUCUGCAGAUAGACAAAGAUGUCAGGAGGCUGUACCCUGACAUGGCGUUUUUCCAGCGCCCCACGGACUAUCCCUGCCUCCUGAUCCUGGACCCCCAGAAUGAGUUCGAGACGCUGCGCCGGCGGGUGGAACAGACCACACUCAAAUCGCAGACGGUGGCGCGGAACCGCAGCGGGGUCACCAACGUGAGCUCCCCUCUUAAAUCCACCCCCAGUUCUCUGAGCGAGUACGAGGUGCUGCCCAACGGCUGCGAAGCUCACUGGGAGGUGGUGGAGAGGAUCCUGUUCAUCUAUGCCAAGCUAAAUCCUGGCAUAGCCUACGUCCAGGGCAUGAAUGAGAUCGUGGGGCCCCUCUACUACACCUUUGCUACAGACCCCAACAGCGAGUGGAAAGAACAUGCUGAAGCAGACACCUUUUUCUGCUUUACCAAUCUGAUGGCUGAAAUUCGGGACAACUUCAUCAAGAGCCUGGAUGAUUCUCAGUGUGGUAUCACCUACAAGAUGGAGAAGGUGUACUCCACCCUGAAGGAGAAAGAUGUGGAGCUGUAUCUGAAGCUGCAAGAGCAGAACAUCAAACCCCAGUUCUUUGCCUUCCGCUGGCUGACGCUGCUCUUGUCCCAAGAGUUCCUGCUGCCAGACGUGAUCCGCAUCUGGGACUCCCUCUUCGCCGACGACAAGCGCUUCGACUUCCUGCUGCUCGUCUGCUGUGCCAUGCUGACACUCAUCCGGGACCAGUUGCUGGAAGGAGACUUCACUCUGAACAUGAGGCUGCUGCAGGAUUAUCCUAUCUCCGAUGUUCAUCUGAUUUUGAAGAAGGCAAAGGAACUUCAGGAUUCCAAAUAGUCCAUGGGCCCAACACAAGGUGUGAGAGGAGCUGUGGCAGUGGAUCCCAGGAGAUGCCCCCGUGGAGUGUGGUGCACUAAAGCUCCUUGUGGUCCCUGCAGGACUUCAGGUUUUCUUUGGGCUGCUGGCCACCUUGAAGACUUCCCUCUACUCUAUUUAUUAGGUCAAGGACUGAUUACUUCCCCAUCUACUUGGGUCCUGCACUCCAGAUUUUUCCAAGUCUCAAAUGCCUCUUUGCUGCCAAAAGCAGUUCUUUGUAUCUUUUUUUUUAAUGACUUUAAGUUUGGAGAGAAAGAAACCUUCUGUCUGCACAUACAUCCCUGAAGGAGUGGACUCCUGUAUCGUGGAAGUAACACUCAGAGUAACUUCUGAUGGGGAAAGGACAGACUGAGUCCAGGGAAUUUUGGUGGGUGAACAUAGAAGGAUCUUCCUCCUGUGAACAGAAUGUAUUCCACUGAAGUCACACAUCCUGCCAUUCAAGUAAUUUCUGGAUUGUCCUCCCUCGUGUCUGCACUUGGCCAUCCCUGGGGUGUGUGAAGAGGAAGAUGGAAUCAGUUCCUGGUGAUUGGACCCCUUUGCCUGGGAAAAGGACUUGGGAAGCUGAGAUGGGAGGACACAGCUGGUGGCUUUGUGCACUCCAACUGCCUGAACCCAGAACUGCCUUAUCCACGAGGUCCCCCUGAAAUCAGGACUGGUGGUUUGAAUCCCUGAGUGGAGUUCCGAGUCAAGCCUUACCACGCACAGCCUUAGAGCAGCAUUGUGGCUGCAGGGGGGCCUCAGGCUGCUUUCCUGGCUCUGAACUGGAGCAUAUCCAGCCACAAUCAGGAUCCUGAAACACAAGAAACACACACCUGAUCAUGUGCAAUGAGGACAGAAAGACAGAUGUGUCGUUGCAGGCCCAGCACUGGGGUUUGCUGCCUCAGUGGCUCACAUGAUACUACCCUGCAUUGAGCUCUGGUCACACUAACCUUGGUAUUGUCUAAAGUACUUCUUGCCAGGAAGAGAUGUGGUACAGUUCUGACCUUCAAUAGGAGUCCUUUCCUGGCACAAUCCAGCAGCUACACAAGAACCUGUCAUUAGUGACUGCUGGGGCUGAUCCACUGCUGUGUGCUGGUCCUGUUGGAGCAGCCCUGAGCUGGGCACUCGUUCCUCCUGAGACAAACCUGCUGCAUUCAGAUACAGUCGAGCAGGCUCGGGGGAGCAUGGACUGAGACAAACUCCAGAGGGAACUGCUGACCUGCCCCAGUGUCGAGCUGAGCAGAAACCCUGAGCCUCAGAGGGAGACGGUGCCAGCACCCAGGUGCUUGGGUGGUGCAGGAGCUCUUUGUUGAACACUAAUCCAGCGUGCUUUUCCCUUUCUUCCUGUGCUGGGCUGGCUCUCCUCUGCGUGGCUCUUUGACACUGCAGUCUGUGGUAUUUAUGGGUAUUAAUUUGUUAAAGGUCAGUCUUUGUAAGACCCACUUAAGCUGCUGCUGGCCUGGAGUCGCCCUGGCAGGAGGGAUGUGGGCAGCCUUCAGCUAUUCUUACUGGUGUCAUUCCCUUCACUGAGGGCCAGUUCUUCACAGGCCGCUGUAAAUCUCACAAAGGUGUGUGGGGAGACUGCAGGACAGGUUGGUGCAUGUUCCUGUGUUCUUGUUGGCAAUCCCAAGCAAUCUCUGCCUCUUCAGAGGAUGCUCGAGUCCCACAGGUGCAGCCAGGUGUUGCUGCUGUGUUGCAAGAGCAGCUGAAGGUUUGAAGCAAUCUGUAAUUAAUACCAGUGGCAACACUA